AUGUACUACGACCCGCUGGUGGCCCUCGCCAACCUCUCCCCCGUGGAAAAGCUGAGCGAAGAAACGUCCAAAAAAAAGUCCAGGUGGGGGAACAGCUCAGCAAGUACCAACGUAGAAAACAAAGUAGUGCCAAGCAAAUGGGGACCAGAAGAAACCAAGCCGUACUUACCUCUCCCCUUUGUGGACUUACCACCAGGGUUAACUCCCUCCCAACUGGACCAGUUUCUUCGCGAACAGAGAUACGAUGAAUUGACGAAGAAACUAAAUAAAGGGGAGCUAGAAUAUGUGGAUCCAGAUAUUCGACCACCAUCUCCACCUCCUAUUUACGAUAAAAAUGGAAGUAGAAUAAAUACAAGAGAAGCGAGGGUAAGGAAUUGCAUGAUCGAGGAAUACCACAGGUUGGUAGAGUACCUUCUAAAACAUGUGGAUGGGUUCGUAGCCCCCCCAAAUUAUAAACCAAUUAAAAAAGUAAGAAAAAUUGAAAUACCAAUUGAUAAAUAUCCUGAAUACAAUUUUAUGGGAUUAAUUAUUGGCCCCCGAGGGUGCAACCAUAAAAGGUUAGAAGCAGAAAGUGGUGCACAAAUAAGUAUCCGUGGUAAGGGUACCCUCAAAGAAGGAAAAAAAACGGAUCACCAAACAGAAAUUGAAGCUAAUAUGCCUAAGCAUGUGCACAUAUCUGCAGACAAUGAAGAAUGUGUGGAGAAGGCCGUCAGUUUAAUUACCCCCUUAUUGGAUCCCUUCCACCCACUACACGAUGAAUAUAAAAAGAAGGGACUAGAACAACUGGCACUUGUGAAUGGUAUUAACAUAAAUCAGUUAGAGGUACAACGAUGUUCCAUGUGUAACUCCUCCUCGCACAUGACUUUCGAGUGUCCAGAAAAUAUGAAUCUCCAAAAUUUCAAAAAACCAGAAAUUAAGUGUACCCUCUGUGGGGACCAUGGGCACAUAACACUUGACUGCAAAUUGGCAAAGCAAAAUAAUAGCAACAUGGAUUUUGACCCCUCCUCUGAUAAUGGCACGGUUGGAAAUAUCCCAGCACCUCCUUCCACCGCGCCACCACCACCAUAUGAUAAACCCAGAGGGAUCAACCCCUAUGGACAACCAUCCAGGACGGAAAAAAUAAAAAUCGACUUGGAAUACCAAAAAAUGAUGAACGAACUGAAUCCAGAUAAAGAAAACGGAGACCACUCCAUCGAUAAGGAUAUCACCAAAAGUGGAAAUGAAAAUAUCUAUGCUACGGGAGCCAAUGCAACGGGUGACUUUCCUCCCCCAGGAGGCAGCCACACUUCGUUAGGCGAUAUGCAUAUGGAUUCAUUUAGCAACCCUACACCUAAUUACGCUGAUCUGAGCACCAUCUUUCCAGGCACCAUCGGAAGCGGAAAAGGUCCCCGAGGGGGCAGAGGUGGAAAGGGUAGUAAAAGUAACAAAAAUUUUAAUAACGGGAUUAUGCCUCCUCCAAUGAAUAGCAAAAAUAAAAACAACCCAAAUCUUAUCCCCCUGGGGCAGAAUGGCAAUGCUUUUGCAGAUGACCUAAUGAGUGCAAGUACAUCAUCCAACUUUUACGACUCACACUUCAAAAGUGGGAGAAGCAAUUCUCAAAAAAAUUCUAACAAAAAUUUUAAUACAUCAGGUUCGAAUUACCAAAAUGCGAAUAAUAUUCCUUUAAAUGGUGCCCUCCCCAUGUUACCCAAUUUUUUUAAUUUUCCUUUUAUGAAUAACGGUAUGGUACCAGGUGGUUCUGUGCCCUUCCCCGGUGGGCAGCAGAUGCCUCCUGGCCAGCAGCUACCCAUGGACCCACUCUACAUGCAGGGCUUUCCGGGUUGGCCGCAAAUGCCCAUGGGCUACCCGGAAGAUAUGCUAGCGCACGCAGCUGCACCUGACACGAAUCCGCCCCCCUUGCCAUCGGAAGGUGUAAACAAUGAGGACAGCGCAAAUGUUACCGGAGCCAUCUUCGUGGUCUGUUUUGCAGUGUGA